GCUUCAAAAUCUUUUAGGUUAUCUUGAAGCUCAUAUUCGCUCUUAUUUUUAUACCUUUGAAAACGGACUUAAAUUUGGAAUUAUGAACGAUACAGUGGACUUACUAGAAUGGAGAAGAAAAGGUUAUGAAAAUGAUUGUGUAGAAUGGUUUAAAAAUAUUAAUUACGAUU